AUGCGCGAGAUUGAUGCCCUCGGAUACACCUUUGAGGACAGCUUCUGCGACGAGCCCACCGUCGGCACUGGCAUUGGCGUUGGUGUUGGCGUCGGCGCGGACAGUCAACCAGGAAAAGUCGGCAGCUUGGGUGGUUACAUCAGAAUCCAAGCUCGUUCCACGGCCACGAUGCCCGGCGCAACCAAGACCAAGAAGGAAGCAGGUGCACUUAGCUCCGGCGCAGAGCGUGUUCUUUGCACACUUGAAGACAAGCUGAGCCAUGACCGAGAGUGCUUGGCUGUCGCCUCGUCAUUUGAGCCCACUCUCGGCAAGGUCUACUGUACAUUCGGAGUAGGCUCGUCAGCAGCUGGCACAUCGGGGUUAUCCAGCUGGAUCCUGGACUGGGCCCUGGUUGAGGUGCUCACAUCCCGGUGCCAGGUCUUCAGCGCCUCUUCAGGGGAACGGGUUCCGGUCUUUGCUCGCUUCCUGCUCUACCAGACUCUCGAAAGCCAUCCCACUCCCAGGGGCCUCGACCUUGACAUGUUUGAAGAGAUCACGGGAAUGGCUACCGAGCAAUUCAGUAGCCACGGUAGCUGCGGCGGCGGCAUGGCUCAGUCUGAUCUACCAAAUCAGAAGCUCGAACCACAGACAAAGACAAUGGCGGCAAACAGGCCCGAGCAGCACCAUGUGGUGUUCAAACGAGGGCGCACAACUGGCAAGACUCAGGGAGAACUCAACAACGUUGCCUCAAGCGUGCGGAUGAGAUACUCGGGCCCAGGAGGCGACACGGUCACCGUCGAGGGCAGGACCCUGCUGGUUGUCUGUCCUGCGGCAACCUCUGCCUUCUGGGCGGCUGGGAACAGACCAGAUGCGGCGUGGUUCGGCUCGCAUGGGGAUUCAGGCAGCCUCUGUUUCGACUCUACAGGUAAGGCGCUCGGUAUAUACAUCGGGGGUCAGGCGCCGGAUAGAGCCAAGAGUGUCGACCAGCAAAUAGAGGUUCACUCUGUGGACGGGCUCCACUUUAUCUCGCCCAUCAGCCCUACUCUUGAGAGCAUCCAGGCCACAGUUACCCGCGACCCCAUGUUUACUGGGACACCGUCGCAAACAGGAACAGCAGAAGGAGAAGAAAAGCAGAAACAGGAGCAAGAGCAGGAGGAGAAGGGUGAUUUUGAGUACACGCGGUAUAGCAGAGAAGAGGAGAACGGGGAAGAAGACAGUACCUCCGAAACUGUCUAA